AUCUUUGUGAGUGAAAUAAAAGUGGUGUUCCGACAACAGAGGGGAAAGAAGGGAACUAACAUGGCAAGCUCUGUUGUAGUGUCUACCUCAGUUUCUCUGUUUUCCAACUAUGCCCAGCGUCGUCCAUCUUUUUUUCCUCUCUCUUCUUCCAAUUCAAUCGCCAAAACAAACCUAAACCUUAACUCUCAAUGCUUCUCCAAUUUGCUUCGUUCCCAUUCAAAAUCGCCGAUUUAUGGUCGCCACUUCGUUCUCCGCACUUCAAUCAAACAGAGUGAGAGCGAGAAAGAGACCGAGUUAGAGCCCGUUGGAGAGGACUCCGCCGUGUUUGAAUUGGGGGAACAGAAAAUAGCUUCGUGGAUUUACUUCACGGGCAUUCUGGGAGUGGUUCUUUAUGUUCUCAACGUCGCAUGGAUUGACAAUUCAACUGGCUACGGCAAAGCUUUCAUCGACGCCGUUUCAACGCUUUCCGAUUCUCAUGAGGUGGUACUGUUAAUACUAAUUCUCAUAUUUGCUGGUGUCCACAGUGGCCUGGCUAGCUUCAGGAACACUGGCGAGAAACUCAUUGGAGAAAGACCUUUCCGUGUACUCUUUGCAGGGAUAUCGCUACCCUUGGCUGUCAGUACUAUUGUGUAUUUUAUUAACCACAGAUAUGAUGGACUUCAACUCUGGCAGGUCCAGGAUGCUCCUGGGCUUCAUCAACUUCUGUGGAUUUCAAAUUUCAUUUCUUUCUUUUUCCUAUACCCUUCAACUUUCAAUCUUUUAGAGGUUGCAGCUGUUGACAAGCCUAAACUACAUCUAUGGGAAACUGGGAUCAUAAGAAUAACCAGGCAUCCACAGAUGGUUGGGCAGGUUAUCUGGUGUCUUGCUCAUACGAUUUGGAUUGGAAAUUCAGUGGCUGUUGCAGCUUCAUUUGGCUUAAUUGCUCACCAUCUGUUUGGUGUCUGGAAUGGAGACAGACGACUGGCUACAAAAUUUGGGGAGGAUUUUGAACUAGUCAAGAGUCGAACAAGUGUUUUCCCUUUUGCAGCAAUUCUUGAUGGCAGACAAAAGUUACCUCAAGAUUUCUACAAGGAGUUUCUUCGACUGCCAUACUUGGCAAUUACUGCACUUACCUUAGGAGCUUACUUUGCACACCCGCUUAUGCAGUCUGCUAGUUUCAACCUUCAUUGGUAGACACAACCCAACACAACACAUUCUGUCCCUUUUAUGUAAAAUAUACUGUUUAUCUAUAGACGCAGAUGAAGAGAUCGAAAGAAAGAAAAAUAAAAGGAUAUAAGAGAAACGCAUUGAAAAUUUAUAAUGA